CGUAUGUGUCCGGUCUCGCGGCGACAUCCUCUCUCUCUCUCGGGCGAGCGAGCGAACGAACGAACGAUCGAGCGAUCGAUCUCGCGUAACGCGCUGUUACGCUGCUGCGUUACGUCGCGUUACUACGGGGGGCCCUCCCGACCGUUCCCCGUCGAGCGAGCGAGAGCGCGGGUGAGAUCACGAUCGCUCUCUCGGUCCGCUGCCCCGCGACGCCCUAUAAAAGAUGUCGCAGCCGGAACAGGGCGGCAGUGCACAGUGCGAGAAGGACAUGUCGACGUCCAAGAGCAGCUCGAUGUUGCGCCUGAAUCAGGAGGGUCGCCGCGGCUCCACCGACUGGCAAGACCACGACACCGACUCGGAGGUCAGUGAGAACGACUUCCUCACCAAGGGCGCCUUCCUGCUCACCCCGAGCCAUGAGCUGAGCAUGGAGAAGGCCGCCACCAUCUGCGAGAAGAUGAACUUCCGGGGCGCAUUUUCCCUGACGAAAACCGCAACCGGAAUUCUCUUCAAGUUCAGCAAUAUCGACGACUACCAGGCGGUGUAUAAAAAGGGUUUUCACAAAGUGACGGGUGCUCGCUUUUACAAGAAGGUCGCUAUACCAUGUAGACCAGCGAAGAUCUUCACCGUCUACGUGUUGGACGUGCCCGAGGAGCUGCCGGAGGACGAUAUUAGGCAUGCUCUCUACAAGUAUCGAUCUAUCGUCGAAGUAACCAGGCUACCCCUGAAUACGGGAACUGUUUUGAAGGCCAUCAAUGACAAGCUAAAGAGCGACGCGCAGAAUCUGAACGAGCCGGCGACGAUUUAUACGGGGCCACCCGUUAUAAGGGUUACCCUGGCCAGCGUGGAGGAGACCUCGAUGCUGCUGAGCCGUGGUCUGGAUUUUUAUGGGGCCACAUAUUUCCCCACUGAAACGCCCCAUCCAGCCGCUCAACCCCUCGCCAAAUACAAAAACAACAGAUGGAUCGAGCUGGCGUCGAUCGGCGCGGGACAAAGAGUGAGGGACCUACUUCCGGUCUUUGACAACGCGGGCUUCAACAAAUUGCCACCUCCGGCGAGCCGUGUAAUAAAACCGCAAAGAAACUGACACGUCCCGCGCCCACCCGCCCACCCCUCCCGAAUUCUUCGGCGGCCGGCGCGAUCGAUAGCGCGACGAAUCGAGGGAGGCCGUCGCGAGGACGCGACUCGACGCUACAAACGCAGAGAUACUACUACCUCGAUCGAAAUUCGAACUGGUGGCGCGAGGAUGAAUCCAUCUCGGGCGAUUUCGGCGCGAUUUCAACCCUCCGUCGGUCCUUCUUCCCGCCGACGUUCGAGGAAACGACGUCGACCGUUCGCGUGUCUUUAAGCCCUCCGCGUUGGCGAAGGAACUCGUGGGACUGCGCGUCUAUUUAAAUUCUUGCCCAAGGAGAACGAAAGUAUACAUACACAUCGCAGUUUGACUUGCACACACUUCACGCAAUCUUACAGAAUUUUCUCGUGAGUCUCCUUGUCAGAUCCUUGCAUUUCAAAGCGUCCUUUUUGAGAAUCUUACUCAAUACUUAUAGUUCACGUUACAUAUACUAUAGAGCAUCGAGUAAAAUUUCCUAAAAGAGGACAUUUUGGGAUGCAACCUUAGGAGAUAAAAUCACAUCACAGACUUGUAAUCAACGACAACGACAAGGGGUUAAAGCAGGGAGACCGAUGACUUAGGCACGUCAAUCAAUAGUCAUUACUGUUUCACAUGAGACGUUUUUACGUGGAGAUUGGAAUUUACACGGACAGAAUGUUACAGCUCUUUUUGCACAUAAAUUCUUUUCGAAUCUUGUUAUUCACGCGUUCGUUCCACGAAAUCGAAGGCGAAAGCGAAAUGAUGAAAAAUGAAGGUAAAUGUAGAAUCUCGGUUGCACAUCUCUUCGAGACGCGGAAGGGACGCCGAGGACCGACGGAGUGUCGAGAGUGAAAUGAGAGGAGAGAUCACGUUGUUGCACACGCUCACGAGACCGCGCACGGUCGCCUCGGGACCUCGGGACGCGUGCUUCGCACACGACGCACCGUGUCGGUUCGCAGGUCAACGUGACUUCUAACCCCGCGCAGUGAAGGUUCCUAUUUUUCCACCGGCGGAAAGGUCGGCGCGUAUCAAGCGCAAUAUACCAAAUUACCGUUCCUAUCAGUAUCGCCUACUUUCGCGGCCAGUCUGUCACGCGACUAACAUUUUUAUCUUAACGCGCGGGUCGAUUACACCGAGAGAAAUUAAUCCGCCGAUGCGCCGAUAACAAGCAAGAACCCGGCUGACGUGAACGCACGACCGGCCCCUCGUCGUGCACGAUGAGAGAAUCGCGAGAGAGAGAGAGAGAGACUGCGUGUAUUUGUGCGUGAGUGUGUGUGUGUCGUUUAUUUACGAACCGUAAAUCCCCGUGGCCGUCGUUCUCGUCGGCGAAAGAUCGCCGGGUGAACCUAACGAGGAAUUUGUCGUCCCGCACUUCGACUUUCCCACCCUCCCCUAAUUUCUCUCGCGACGUUUCGCCGAGAGAGAAUACGCGCGCGCUCGGGAGAAAAGCGGAAGAUGCAUCGCGCUUUUAUCGCGCGACCGGUGGAUUUAUCGAAGUGUUAUCGACUAGUUGUAGUCGCGUUAGGAGCUUCCGUUGUUACGACAAGUUUCGCCACCUAGAUAUUCUCACCACGACGACGCCAGUACAAACGUGCCCGGAUAGAUAGAUGUACGUAAAUUUCGCGGCAACUUCGCCCAGAUAGAUAGGUGUGCGUAAAUUUUGCCGGCGACUUUACCGGUCGAUUCGUAAAGGUUGCGUCCCGCUUACGAGUGGCUCAUAUCUGUCAUAUGGAAUGAAGAGAUGGAAACACAUACGAGGGCAACGCGCGAAAGUAACGAUCAGAAUUUGUUUGACACGGCGUCAUGCAGAAUGUAAUGUGAAAGUCUGUGUGUAACUUUUUUAGUGGAAUUUGCAGCUGCACCGAUGUAACAAAUAAUUUGCAUUAUUGCAUGACGUAAAUUUAAUGACUAAUUCAGUAGAGUAUAUUUGUCUCGUAAAUAUUACACAGUACAUUCGUCUCACGUUAUCAUAGUCACGAAAGUCUACUCGGGCAGAUAAACACCCAGAUAGACAGUUGUACAGUGUGAAUUUGGCAGAGCAACUUUACUGGUCGAUUUGUACAAGCUGCGCCCUUAUGAGUGAUGCGAAUAGCACUCGUCAUGUAAAAUGACGAAAAAGAAACAUGAAAAGUACACGAAUAAAAUAAAAGAAAAUUUGCUCAAAACAACAUGAGUGUAAAGUUACACUUGAGUGUAACUUUCGGCAAAUUUGUUGCUCCAUCAAGUAACAGAAAAUUGUGAAUUGUUGUAUGAUGUAAAUUCAAUAAUUAAUUUAAUACAGCAUGUGAGUACACUAAGAAAAAAAAUACUAAAAAAUUAACAAAUAUUUAUUAGAUGGAUACUUAAAUAAAAGUUCUCUUCAUUUAAAUCGAGUAUUGUUCACUUAAACCGAGUGAACGAUACUCGAUUUAAGUGAAAAGGAUUUUGACUUAAGCAAAUAUGUAAUAUUAUUCAAUGGUGUCCACCUAAUAAAUAUUUGUUGAUUUUUAGAUUUUUUUUCUUAGUGUACAUAUGAGUAUACUUGUCUGGUGAAAUUAAUAAAAAAAUGUUUCCUUUAUAAAUUGUUUCGCGUUAAAAUCACGAAAGUCUAUCUGGGUGUGGACACACUUUCGAGACGCAAGCUCCCCGCGCGCAGUCAGGAGAUCGCGCGGGCUCGCUGAUAAUAACAAACUGCGUGUAGAGACGGUUCAUCUAUUUUUCUAACGACUUUAAUGUUAACGGCGUUACAGUAUCUAGAGAUCCCCCGAGACCGGUACAACUCAUGUACAACUUGUAACACGAGAUAGAUUCCUAAUAAAGAAAGAAAACCAGUAUUCA